GUCGCGCAUGGGGGUUUUAUUGUGUCAUGUGAUUUAAAAAUGGUUUUCUAAAUAAUACGUUGAACGCUUUUUGAUAUAAUCGAAGUGUUUAGUGCAAGCGUUUUUUCCAAAAAUAUUUAUAGAUUUUGUGUUCGCAUUAAAUUUUCAAUUGCAUUGAUGUAAAAUUUACAACCAAUAAUACAAUUUGUUUACAAAAUCACAAAAAUCGAUCGUUCAAUUAAGAGAUACAGAUUUAAAUAAUAAUUCAUUUGUACGACUUUUGUAAAUUAACAUCUGAGCCCAGUGAAAUUUUUGGCCAAAUUAUAAAUGUGCUGUUUUGGUGGAAUUUUAAUUAUGAAAAAUUAAAUACAAUUGAUUAACAAAACAAUAUAUUCUAACAAUUUAAAUAUUGAUACGAAUUGAUUUAUGGAAUUAACUGAAUUGGAUUUUGAAUUGUCUUCGUAUUCAAUAAAUACCAAGUGAAAUAUUAUCAGUUAUACAAUAAAACAAAGUUAAAUCUAUCAACAACAAUCUAGCAGCAUUCGACGAUAUCAUCCAGGAAUAAUUUAUCAAAUGCAGACACCGUUUUGAAAACGAACACAACCGGACUUUGUUUAAUGGACGUUCAUACGCUUGUUUAUGAUGUGCAAAUUGCAUAGAAAUCAUUUUGUUACACAACUACCACAAUGGAUAUGACAAGAAUGCCGUCAAUAUUCCGUGAAAAAUAUCCCAUGAAAUUAUACGUUCGGUAUUUAAGCCGGCGAAGGAGUCAACACUACAGCAUAUCGAUGCUAUUUCAACAUAUUAUUGGACUAGUUUUUAUAGUGAUAAUUGUAAUGUCAUCUGAUGUUUACGCAGCAGCAGCCGCUUCAUCGUUUGAACCAGACUUUGUAUUCCCACUGGAAAAUGUAACAGUUGCACAAGGACGUGACGCCACAUUUACAUGUGUUGUCAACAAUUUAGGCGGUUACCGGGUGAGUGGAAGCUUGAGUGGUGAUGGUGCGCAAGCAGCUAGGGUUGCGUUCAUAAAAGCUGACACAAAAGCAGUCCUGGCCAUACACGAACAUGUCAUCACGAAUAGCGAUCGUCUGUCUGUCACCCAUAACGAUUUCAACACAUGGACUUUGGUCAUUCGAAAUGUCCGAAUGGAAGAUCGCGGACAGUAUAUGUGCCAGGUGAACACUGAUCCGAUGAAAAUGCAAACGGCAUACCUGGAGGUGGUAAUUCCGCCAGAUAUAGUUUAUGAAGAGACCAGCGGGGACAUGAUGGUGCCUGAGGGAAGUUCAGCAAAAUUGGUGUGUAAAGCACGAGGUUUUCCAAAACCAAAAAUUACAUGGAGACGCGAGGAUGGUAGAGAAAUUAUCGCACGAAACGGUCCGCAUGGUAAAUCAAAAGCGUUAGCGGUCGAAGGUGAAAUGCUUUGGUUAACCAAAAUCACACGGUCCGAGAUGGGAAUUUAUCUUUGUAUCGCAUCGAAUUCGGUGCCGCCAUCGGUGAGCAAACGAAUAAAAUUGCAAAUACAUUUUCAUCCAUUGAUACAAGUACCAAAUAUGCUGGUCGGCGCACCGCUUAGUGUGGAUAUAACGUUGGUUUGCAAUGUAGAAGCAUCUCCAAAAGCCAUCAACUAUUGGCAACGUGAAAAUGGCGAGAUGAUAAUACCAAAUGACCGUUAUGUGAUGCAUGAAAUUGAGAACAGCAUGUAUGCCGUACAGAUGACACUUACAAUUAAACUCUUGCAGAAACCCGAUUUCGGUGGAUACCGCUGCAUAUCAAAGAACAGUAUAGGUGGCAUUGAGGCUACAAUCAGGUUAUAUGAAAUGGAAUUGACAAAGAAAAACAAGCAUCAACGGCUCAAUUUGGACGAUGACGGAAAUAAUUUGCCGAAUGACGAUUCGAGUGAGGAUGGAAUUAUUAAUAAAAAUGGUCGGCUGUAUAAAGUACAGCUCGGCGAAGACGGUGACGAGAUCGACGAUGUGAACAGCAGUGCAUCCACUUUAAAUAUUCAUCAACGAGAAGAGCAUCGGACAACGAUUGCAAAAAGCACACCAAACUCAAUAUUACUUUCAAGUAUCAUUUUGUUAUUUGCACUCGACUUUUUAUUGUUACCUGUUUUAAGUAUCUACAAACAGCGAAUGAUACGUCGACUAUUCCGUUUACUAUAGUCACUCCAUUCUAUCCAAAGUAUUUGAAUAUUUUUCCGCCUCUGUUUAUCCAAGUUUUCAUGUUCUCAUUCAAUGGGAAUUUUUCGAUAUAUUUUUUUUUCAUCACGGAAAUCGCAUUGUUUGUGUUUUACUGUUUUGUAAAAAAAAGAAGUAUAGAAUAUGUAUAGCAAAUUCAGAUAUCGACAAAGUGUGUAUCAUAAAAUAGAAAUUUAUCCUGCAUAUUGAAUUUUCGUUGGAUUGCAUUGAAAAUCGAAAUGGCUAUAAAAAUUAAAUCAUUUUACAACAGAGAGAAACUAAAACGAGGUCAAAUGGAAUGUAUAUUUUUGUUUUGUUAGUUUUCAUUCGUCUCAAAUAGGCCAAGUGAAAUGAUUCGAUUAGGUUUAUUUCUAUUCAGGACAUAUCAAUGUUAUAACGAUUUGAAAAACUAAAAUUACUCGAACUUAUGUUAUUCUUUUUUUUGACGAAAUUGCUCAAAUUUUGUUCGAUACAAAAAAUUUAUUACAAACUCAUUCUACAAAAAAAAAAUAAAAAAAAGUGCCAAAUCGUAAACAACCCGUUGUACGACAUUUUCCAUCGUUUUAAACAAAAAAAAGAAGAAAAAACUAAAUCAAAUAAACCAAUCCAACAAAUUUUGGACUGAUACUCUGCUCAAUAUAACGGUAAUAUUCGAUAAUCAAUUGAACAAUUAUAUUAUCAUGGAUUCGAUCCUUUUGCCAACAUCAAUGUGAGACCAACACUAAAACAUAGACAUACGCAUAAUUAUACUGUAAUGCUUGGGCUCAUGUAUGCCGAUCAGGCGGCGUUUAGAUUAUGCGAUGUUUUCCGGUGAGAUUAUCAAUAAAUUGAGCAUGUAGUUAAUUGGAAGCUCAAUAUUUCAGAGAAUAAUCGUAAUUACGUUAUUUCUAUAAAUGAGGAACAAAGUAAAUGGAAAAAGAAUAAAUCAAGUUAUGCAAUAUGAAAUAUUGUACUAAUUUAAAGAAGUGGCUGCACGAUUAGUUCGUGUCCAUCGUUUAUAAUAUAUGAACAAUUGUAUGGCAUUUAUUAUAUAGAAAAUUAAAUAAAAGUAUAAGAACUGAGACGGCCAUGUCUAUAAAUAUGCAUAUGGAUAUGCAAGAUAAAUAAGAUAAUAACGAAAAUCAAUAUUGAUUAGAUUGGUUGGAUUUUAUAAACAGUUCUAUAAUUCUCGGUUACAUACACGAUGGUCCUUUGAGAUUUAUCCGUACAUUACAAUUGCAAAAUCAAAAUCGACAUUUAGAUUUGAACGGAAUUCCAUUUAAAGCGCUUGUAAUUUACUGCCAAUUUCAAUUGAACCACCGCCAGCAUUAGCCAGACCUAUUAAUCUGUAAAUGAAACAAUCAAACCAUUCUAGUGUUGAUUUAAACAACGUAUUAUGUAAUAAUUCGAUAAAAUUACACGGCAUAACACAUACUUCAUAAAAAAACAUAUGAAAAUUCAAAAACAAGCCAGCUUAUUUGUUCCUGAAUUGGAUAAUGUCAAUGGCAUCUUCGUAUGAAUAUGCCAAUAAAUCUGUACCAAGAAGAAAUAAAGUACCAAUCU